AUGUUUUUGUUUUUGUUUUCCUGCAGUGAAGAGGUUUGCAAAAGAGGUUUCACAGUAAUUGUAGAUAUGCGUGGCUCUAAGUGGGAUUCCAUAAAACCAUUACUGAAGAUUUUACAAGAAUCCUUUCCUUGUUGUAUUCAUGUUGCACUAAUUAUAAAACCAGACAAUUUUUGGCAGAAGCAAAGAACUAAUUUUGGAAGCUCAAAAUUCGAAUUUGAGACUAGCUUGGUGUCUUUGGAAGGUCUUACCAAAGUUGUUGAUCCCUCCCAGCUAACUCCUGAAUUUGAAGGCUGCUUGGAGUAUAACCAUGAAGAAUGGAUAGAGAUUAGGGUAGCAUUUGAAGAUUUUAUCAACAAUGCUACCCACAUGCUUUCUCGACUAGAGGAGCUGCAGGAAAUGCUUGCUAAUAAAGAACUGCCGCAAGACUUAGAAGGUGCCAGGAGCAUGAUUGAAGCACAUUGUCAGCUAAAAAAAAGGGUGACAAAGGCACCAAUUGAAGAUAUUGAUAAUGAAGGACAGAUGCUUCUGCAGAGAAUUCAGAACAGUGAACGUUUUCCCAAGAAAAAUUCAAGUUCUGGCAAUGCUGACCUUCAGAAUUUUUUACCCAAAGUUUCUACCAUGUUGGACAGGCUUCAUUCUACAAGGCACCAUUUGCAUCAAGUGUGGCAACAGCGAAAGUUGAAAUUGGACCAGUGCUUUCAACUAAGGCUAUUUGAACAAGAUGCUGAGAAG